UGAAAAAUGAAAACACGUUUUGGUGCCAAACAGAGCCUUAGGUUCCUAUAAAUGCACACACACUCUUAACAAACCUCCUCUUCUUCCACCCUCUUCUGCUUCUCACUUCCGCGAUCACACAGCGAGAGAGAGAAAGAGAAAGAGAAAGAGAAAGAGAGAGAGAGAGAGAAAGAGAUCGGAAUAAUCAAACCGAGCAACGAACCCUAACUAAUUUCGUGUUUUCUUCUUCAAUCUGUUCUCGGUCACGUGAUCACUCCCAAUCCAUCACGUGAUUAUUCGAUUCCAUCAUCGUUCCGAUUCCAAUGGCCAUGACCGGUGCAGGUGCUCCUUCCAAUCAUUCACCGAAUCUCACCGUCGUUGGAACUGGAGGCGUUGGUUCCUCUGCGUGGAGCCACGUCGUCGCCGCCGCCGCCGCUCCUCCUACGCAGCCGCUCGUUGAGGCUCCAGCUGUUUCUGUGAAUUCUGUGCCGCCGGAGGAGCCUGGUCGUGAGGGAUUUGACAACGGCGGGAACAAUGGCGCCGGUGGAGCCGGGAGGAGGCCUGCUUGGAGCAAACCCUCGAGCGGCGGUGGUGGCUCUUCUUCGUCGGAGGUCAUGGAUGCAGAUUCUUGGCCGGCGUUGGUGGAGUCAGCCAGGGCUACGGCGAAAUCUCCCGCGCUAUCGGAGACUGCUGCGAAGGGCCCUGUGCCGGAAUUGCAGAAUACUGGGAGCUCUGUUCCUUCUUCUCCACAGAGGCAAGUAAAGGACAAUGCAGGCAUGAGCAAUGCAGUGCCGACUCACCAAAGGACAUUUAGAAGGAACAACUCAAAUACCUCCUCUAAUGGAGGCCACCCACAGCAACAUUCUGGUCCUCAAGGUUCGGUCACUGCAUCAGGGCCCCAACACCAUGGCUCUAGGACUGGAUUUGGGUCUAGUGACCACCCUCAGCAGCGUAAUGACCAUCCUCAGCGUAAUUCGUUUAGAAACCGGAAUGGUGGUCCACAUCCUCGUGGAGAUGGGGCUCACCAUCAUAAUUAUGGUGGCAGACGUGAUCAGGGACAUGGGCAUCAGGACUGGAAUGCUCAUCGAAACUUCAAUGGCAGAGACAAUUAUAUGUCACCGAGAUUUGGUCCGAGGAUGGUGCAAGCUCCGCCACCACCUCCUCCUAAUCACUUCUAUGCUGCACCCCCACAGAUGAGGCCUUUUGGGGGCAUGGGGUAUUCUGAACCACCUCUUCAGCAGAUGGUGUACAUGCCAUCUCCACACCUGGAUUCACUAAGAGGUGUUUCUUAUAUUCCUCCAAUACCACCAAAUUUGAUGUAUUAUCAACCUCCUGAUCCGCACUUGUAUACAAAGAUAGUGAACCAGAUUGAUUAUUAUUUCAGUAAUGACAAUUUGAUCAAAGAUCUGUACUUGCGGCAGAACAUGGAUGAUCAGGGGUGGGUUCCUAUAAGCUUGAUAGCAGGCUUCAAGAAAGUUAUGCAGCUGACUGAUAACAUCCAGGUUGUGUUGGAUGCUGUUCGAACUUCAUCCGUCCUUGAAGUGAAUGGCGACAAGAUAAGGAGGCGAAAUGAUUGGGCCAGAUGGCUCAUUCCCCCUAAUAUCAUGAGUUCUCAGACUGUUGGAAGGUUGGCAGAACAGAUUCAAGGCAUUGCGCUAGAGUCAACUAACAAUGACAGUGCUCAAGGAUUAGAUGCUUUACAGAAUAGGCCUUUUGGGGAAUUAAAUAGUCAACUUCUGCCCUCCACCAGCGAUGGUGGUCAAGCUGGGAUUCAGGUUUCAAAUCACUCAAUUUCUGCGCAAAACUAGUUUCAGAUGUUCUAAAAAAGAUUUUUUGGAGAAUAUUCUUAGGGCAAAAUGGAAAGCAGGUAUCUAUCAUGGUCUUAAUUUUUACAUAUGGGUGGUGCGAUGCAAUUUCUCAUGAGGUAUAUAGAAAAACAUGAUUGAGAAAUGGGAAGGAAAAAUCCCUCAAAGAAUAGACACAAUUUUAUACAUUAUAUCAAAAAUAUAUAUAUACACGGCUGUCCUACUCUGAUGGCAUGAUGGUGGUUGUUUGUUUAAAUCAGGGGAUUUGUUUUUUUACUUUCUUCUUUCUUUUUCCCCAAACCUUCCCCUUAGCUAUUUUUUAAAAUCUUUGGGGUCAGUUUCUCUCCUUGUACCUGCUAUAAUUGGGUGUUGAAUGAGUUCUCUAUGCUGCUGCAAGUGAAGGGUGAAGAUGGCUGUCUGUGGUGGAGAUUGUCUCUGCAACUGCUUAACAGAUGAUGAUUGCAUGAUUUUGCAGUCACAUGUCUGGAAUGACUUGGUCUUUAGACCUUUUUUUUUUCUAAUUUGUUUUUUUUUUUUAAUUUAAACUCACAUUUUCUUAGGUUUAGAUCAUCCUUAAGGGUUUAUUUUAUUUUAAACUUAUGGGGAUUAUGAUAGACUUUUGAAGUUUGAAUGAUGUUUAACUGAUCCUUAUGACAAUUUAUUUUUAUUAUGUAAUUAAUUUGAUUUAUUGUAUGAUGUUGGUAUACUUUAUGAUGACUUAUUAAUAUUAAUUGGUAUGUACUUAUGAAUUUA